AUGGCAACCUUCGAGGAGCAGACAGAAUGCAUUGUGGAAGCCUUGUUCUCUGACCUCUCAGGUGAAGAUGGGAGUGACUGCCGGAGCCUGGAGACAGACUGGGGAGACCCUGUGCAGUCUGCAGGAGAGCCUCCAACCAGGUUUGACCCAGUCGUGGUCGCCAGUCGCCUGCGGCAGAUGGGGGACCAGUGCAACAUGGAUUUUGAAAAGUGCAACAUGAUUUCCUCAGAGGCUCUUGCUGAAGUGCUCAAGGGGAAGAUGGAGAAGUUUGGGGCUGCCGUGGAGUCUCUCAGCAGGAGCUGGAGUAACCAGAACCCCGAGCUGGUCUAUGAGAGAGUUUUUCUCUCUGUUUCUGUGAAAUUGCUAAUGCAUGUUGCUAAGAAAAUCCCAUCUGUGGUGCAGCCCAGACAACUCAUAAAUGCGAUUAAUGGAAAUUCUCAAGUGAGAAGCUACAUUGAGGCCUGCGGCGGAUGGGAGAACUUGGACAAUUGA